AUGGAUAAAGAACUAUUCAUUAAGAAAUAUGGAUAAAAUAAUUCAAUAAAAUAAAUGUUCUUUAGAAGAGCUUAUCAGAAUUAUUUUAUUUUUAGAUCUAAUGCAAGAAAAGAUUAAAAAAAAAAAGUGAAUUAGAGUGUUGAUCCAUCCUAAUUUUUAUCAACCAAAUUUAAAUCAGACCCUUGUAAAAGUUAAAGUUCAUUUAUUGAUAUAUCUAAUAAUUCUAAUAAAGAUAAUAUGUAAAAAUAUAAUAAUACAUCUUAGUUCAUAAAUAAAAGAAUUUCAUUAUAACUAAUUAAGAAAUAAGUGGUUAAAUGAUGAUAAGUAAAAUGAUAUUUUUAUUUAAAUGUUAUAAAAAAAGAGAAAAUAAUUAGAAAUAGAAGAGAAACAGAAGGAGAUAGAAAUCUCUAAAAUCUAAUAAGCAAUUUUAUUAAGAGAAAAUUUAGAAACCGAUAGAAAAAGAUAAUUUUAUAGAGAAGCAGAAUUAUUUCGAAAUUAGUAAAGUGAAAGAAAAUGUUAAGAAUUAGAAAAACUUAAAUAAAUAGAGCAAGAGUAUAUGUUGUAAGCAAAAAAAAUGGCAGAGAAUGAGGAAUUUGCAAAAUUAGAGCAAUAAAUAGUUCAUAAAUAGAAAUGUAAAUUGUAAUUUUAAAUGUUGGAACAACAAAGGAAAACCAAUUCAUUUUUACUUUCUUGA